AUGUUUAUUAAGUUGGUGAUUGGUGAGUGCACCCUCAAUGUCGUUAGCGCUUACGCGCCGCAAGCGGACUUGGACGAGGAGGUUAAGAGGCGCUUUUGGGAGGAUUUGGACGAGAUUGUGCGUAGUAUUCCACCUACUAAAAGGUUAUUUAUUGGAGGGGAUUUUAAUGGCCAUAUUGGGUCGGCUGCUGGUAGUUAUGGCGAGGUGCAUGGUGGCUUUGGCCUUGGGGAUAGGAAUGGUGGAGGUACUUUGCUGUUAGACUUCGCUAAGGCUUUCGACCUGGUGAUUGCGAACUCGACUUUUCCGAAGGGGGAGGAGCAUCUGCUUACUUUCCAAAGUUUGGCGGUGAAGACUCAGAUUGAUUACCUUCUCCUCAGAAGGUGUGAUAGAGGGUUGUGCAAGGAUUGCAAGGUUAUCCCGGGAGAGACCCUCACGACUCAGUAUGAGGAAGAGGAAGAAGAGGUAUGCUUGUGGCCGACCGAGGAUUAG